CGGACGCUCCCAGACACUGUGUGGCGCUGCAGGAGGAGUGAUUUGGACGAGCCGGUGUUGGACUGGGGUGUACAAAGUGAAAAAUCACACAGCACCAGGUUACAUGCAGGUGGAGCUGCUGCUGCUGCUGGUGGUGAUGGGGAUGAUGACUCGUGGUCAGGAACGUGUGGUGGCCCUCAUCGAUAUGGACUGUUUCUAUGUGCAAGUGGAACAGAAGGACAACCCUGAGCUGAAGGGCAAGCCGUGUGCCGUGGUCCAGUAUAAAACCUGGCAGGGAGGAGGAAUUAUUGCUGUCAGCUACGAGGCACGAGCCUUUGGAGUGACGAGAGGAAUGCGAGGUCAGGAAGCGAAGAAGAAAUGUCCACAGCUGCAGCUCGCGCGAAUCCCAGAGGCCCAUGGGAAGGCAGAUCUCAGCAAGUACCGUGAAGCCAGCGUACAGGUGCUGUCGGUGCUGUCCCGGUUUGCAGUGAUCGAACGGGCCAGUAUUGAUGAGGUCUUUGUAGAUCUGACUGCAGCUGCCCGAGAGCGAGCCACCAAGCUGGAGGCUCAGCGGAUUGAUCAUGGGCUGCUGCCGACUACCUUCGUACAGGGGUUCCCCCAACAUGCUCAGGCAGAGCAGUGUAGAGAGCCAGCUGUGCCGAGAGAGCAGGCACGCCGAAUGGGGCUGGACGCCUGGCUGGACUCGCUGCCCCUCAGUACCCGAGAUGGAGCCAGCCCUGAGCUGCAGCUCACAGCUGGGGCCCUGAUUGUGGAGGAGAUGCGGGCAGCAGUGGAACAGGAGACUGGAUACAGGUGUUCAGCUGGAGUUUCACACAACAAGGUGUUGGCGAAGCUGAGUUGUGGCUUGAACAAACCGAACCGUCAGACGGUGCUGCCGAUGUGCUCCGUGCCGAGACUCUUCGACAGCCUGCCCAUUGGCAAAAUCCGCUAUCUUGGUGGAAAGCUGGGAGAAUCCGUAGCUCGGCUCCUGAACAUCGAGUACAUGGGGCAGCUGCGCGCAUUCCCAGAGCCUCAGCUCCAGAACACAUUCGGGGAGAAAACUGGGAACUGGCUGUUUGACCUCUGCCGGGGAGUGGAGUCUGAACCUGUCAGACCCCGACACCUCCCCAAAUCCAUUGGCUGCAGCAAGAACUUCCUGGGCACGCAGGCUCUCAGCAGCUGUGAGCAGGUAAAGCACUGGCUUCAGCAGCUGGCCACUGAGCUGGAGGAGAGACUGGAGAAAGACAAGGAGCAGAACCAGAGGGUGGGAAAGCUGUUGUCGGUGGGAGUUCGACUCGAGGGCAGUGACAGAGGGAGCAGUGUGUCACGUUGCUGUGCUCUGCCCUUGUACCAGGCUGCGAGGAUCGCCAAGGACGCUUUCACUUUAAUUCAAGGACUGAACUCUGCAGCAAGGCAUCAGGCAGCAUGGUUCCCAGCUGUCACCGGCCUCUCUCUGUCUAUCAGUAAAUUCUCGGAGCUCUCAGUAACAAAACCCAUCGAGCAGUUUCUGAGCUCAGACCGCAGGCUGACGGAGACAGACCGCUCGCUGCCUUCACGGCACCAACCACCCAACCCUCGCCAAGAUCCACGGAAACACACAACAGCUCCGAGCGGGCCCACUAUCCGCAGCAUCGCUUCCUACUUCCAGAGAGUGAGGAACCUUCCGGAAUCUUCCACAAACCCUGACACAGGCUCUGUGUCUGUGACACCCUCAGUGAGGACUCACGGUCAUCAGGGGAUGCCUCAGAAAAGCUUCCCAACAAAACCAUCAUUUUUCAAAAGCAGAGCUUUCAGAACCCACCCAGACUCCCCGGGAAAGCCCCUCCCUGUCCCCGGUGACCCAGGAAGCCCCGUCCCCCAUGGUGAUGCCCCAGGAAGCCCCCUUCCCCUUCGUGAUGCCCCAGGAAGCCCCCUCCCCAUUGGUGAUGCCCCUGGAAGCCCCCUUCCCCUCAAUGAAGCCCCAGGAAGCCCCUUCCCCCUUGGUGAUGCCCCAGGAAGCCCCCUUCCCCUUUGUGAUGCCCCUGGAAGCCCCCUUCCUCUCAAUGAUGCCCCAGGAAGCCCCUUCCCCAUUGGUGAUGCCCCAGGAAGCCCCUUCCCCAUUGGUGAUGCCCCAGGAAGCCCCUUCCCCCUUGGUGAUGCCCCAGGAAGCCCCCUUCCCCUUCGUGAUGCCCCUGGAAGCCCCCUUCCUCUCAAUGAUACCCCAGGAAGCCCCUUCCCCAUUGGUGAUGCCCCUGGAAGCCCUCUCCCUGUCACUGAUGCCCCAGGAAGCCCUCUCCCUGUCACUGAUGCCCCAGGAAGCCCUCUCCCUGUCACUGAUGCCCCUGGAAGCCCCCUCCCCCUUGGUGAUGCCCUAGAAAGUCCCUUCCCUGUCUCUGGUGCCCCAGGAAGCCCCCUCCCCCUCAGGGAUGCCCCCGAGAACACCCUGCCCCUGGGCUGCCUGCUGCAGUGCCUGAAAUGUGGUGAGUACAAGCUGUCCUGGGAGAUGCCUGAACACGAGGACUUCCACUUUGCCCUUGAGCUGCAGAAGAGUCUGUCAGCAGCUCCCGCGGCUCAGAGUCCUGCCACAACCCCGAAAAACAAAGCAGCCAGGCAGCUCGUCUCCAGAGCUAAAAAACCCCGACUCAGCCACAGCCUGCUCACCUACUUCCAAAGGCCCACACAGUCAUAAACCCAGGGUGGAGAGAAGGAGGCUCUGAUCUGGGCUGUGGGAGUGAGGGAGACAGCCACAGUUAGGUGGAGGCUGAGGAGAGGUGAUCGGGGUGGAGGGGCGCAGGUUUACGCUUCACUGCUUCCUCGUGGAUCGAGAGAGCGUGUGGCGGAAGCACUUUUUAAGUCUUUUAAAACGUGAAUUCUGUAUUUAUGAUGUAUGAUUAAAUAUAGAUGUAUGUAUGAUUAAUUAACGAUAUCCCAAACAUUACUGAGCUGUUAUAUUAGUGCUUUGUUUCUGCUGGGAUAGUGGUGAGAGUGUGUUUGUGUGGCUGUAGCUAUAUUGGCUGUGGAUUCCUGGCCAGCCCAGCCUCUGUUAUCCAGCCCUCAUCCCUGUUAAGGAUCCCAUUGGGGAAUUGGAAGUGUACACUCACACUGGUUUUGGCCAUGUAUGUGGAGUUUGAUGUUGUCAGUGCAGACUCCAUCCACUGCAUCAGGUACUGCACUGCCUGCUAGUUUGAUACAAAUAUAUGGAUCCACUGUUUUGUUGUUAACAAAAGGAAAAACGAAUGUUUCUAUGGGACUUGGAGCUUGACUAAUUCCACCUCUUUGAAGUGACCAAGAGGUAUCUGCAUUCCAUUCAAUAAAACGUGCUUUAAUUGCCUCCAGCUCCUCUCAUGGCCAAUGGAUUUUAAGGCAGGAUGGCUAUGAUUGGCUCACCAUUACUGAGGCCAGCUUUUUAAUUACACUUGCUUUUUAAUUUGAGCUCAUUUCACGUGUGUUUUCUAACAGUGUCCCUCAGAUCCGCGGGGUGGGGGGUGGCUGUAAACAUCAGCUGCCAGUUGAACCCCUUGAAAAUUGAAUACAUGAAUGAUUUUAUUGUCAAAUGUAUUUGGGAAAACCCAGUGAAAAAUGUUUUGUCACAAUCCAGCACUACAGUAUUUUGAAAUUACAAAGAAUAAAAAUGAAUCAUUUAAA